AUGAAGAUAUUAUCUUGGAACGUGCGAGGUUUGGGAAGACCAGAAAAGAGGGGAAAGAUAAAGAGAUUGGUGAGGGAGAGAGGGGUUGAUGUGCUCUUUCUCCAGGAGACUAAGAGAAGAAUUAUGGAGGAUCAUUUUGUGAAAUCAAUUUGGCCCUAUGAAGAAAUGGACUAUAUGGUGGUGGAUUCUGUGGGAAGUGCUGGAGGUCUACUGUCUAUAUGGAGGCCACAAAUCUUUGAGCUUAAGAGUUGUUACAGUGGUAAAAACUUCAUCAUUUUAUCAGGUACCUCUAGUCCUUCUUUUCAGUGUUCCCUUGUAAAUAUCUAUGCUCCUAAUGAGGUUCUUGGGAGGAGGCAGUUAUGGAAAUCACUUGCGGGUAUUCAUCAUCAUUUUCCAAAUCCGUGGUGUGUGGGAGGGGAUUUUAAUGAAAUUAGAUUUAUAGGGGAAAGGAAAGGUUGCUUAUCCAGAGAUAGAGGGAUGAAGGAUUUUAAUGAAUUUGUGGAAAAAUUGGAACUAACUGAUAUGCCUAUGCUUGGGAGGCAGUAUACUUGGUGUAAUGCCAUGGAGGGAAACAGGUGGAAUCACUGCCCCAUUUUGAUACAGGAAGAUGGCAGGGAUUGGGGACCAAAGCCUUUUAAAUUUAUCAAUGCCUGGUUAUCUCAUCCAUCCUUCAUAUCAGAGGUAAAGAAGAGGUGGGAGGAAGCUCAAGUUCAAGGGUGGGCAGGGUUUAGAGUGAUAAGAAAACUAAACCUGCUUAGGAGCCACUUAAGGAUGUGGAACAAGGUUAUGUUUGGUAAUAUUGAUACUCAGUUACAGAAGGCAGAGGAGGAGCUUCAUGAAUGGGAUUUGAAGGCAGAGUCUAGAUCUCUAGAGGAAGUGGAACUGAUGAGAAGAAGAGAAGUAAGGAGCCAGGUGUGGCAGCUGGGUAGAAGCAAGGAGAGGCUAUGGCACCAAAAGUCUAGGCAGAUGUGGGCUCAGUCUGGUGAUAAAAACACUAGGUACUUUCACAUUAUGGAUAGCAGAAGGCAGAUGAAGAAUUUGUUUGACUCUGUUGUGGUGGAGGGUAGGAGAGUGGAGGAUCCGGUUCAGAUCAAGCAGGAAGUGGUUAGGCAUUUCAGUCAACUAUUCUCUGAGGAUUGGAAGCUAAGGCCAAAACUUCUUGGCCCUUUUGCUGUUAUUAGCCCUGCGGAUGCUGGUAUUUUGGAAGCUGCUUUCUCAGAAGAUGAGGUUAAUCCCAUAGGCUUGGAGGAUUAUAGACCUAUCAGUUUGGUGAGCUCGGUCUAUAAAAUUUUGGCUAAAGUGCUCUCGAGGAGGCUUAAGAGAGUGUUGCCAGUAGUGAUCAACGAGGUUCAGUCCGCCUUUGUGUGUGGGAGGCAAAUCCUAGAUAGUGUGCUAAUAGCUAAUGAAGUUGUUGAUGCUUGGAAAAGAUCGAAGAAGAAAGGCAUUAUCCUAAAAUUGGACUUUGAAAAAGCUUAUGACUCACUCAAUUGGGAGUUUCUGUGGUCGAUGAUGAAUAAUCUGGGUUUCGGAGAGAAAUGGUUAGUUUGGAUGAGGAGUUGCAUUGCUACAGCCAGGGUUUCAGUGUUGGUUAAUGGCUCUCCUACAGAGGAAUUCCAGCCUCAGAAGGGGCUAAGGCAGGGCAACCCCCUAUCACCUUUUUUGUUUAUAAUUGCAGCGGAAGCUCUUAACCUCUUACUAGCAAGGGCGGUAGAGAAGGGCUUGUUUAGAGGAGCCUCUGUGGGAGGUAAUGAUUUGCGUAUUUCUCACCUCCAGUUCGCAGACGAUACUAUAGUGUUUUGUGAAGGUGAUCACGAGGAGGUGCUUAAUAUUAAGAGGGUGUUGAGGUGUUUUGAAGUGAUGUCUGGAUUAAAAAUAAAUUAUCACAAAAGCGCUAUAUGCGGAGUGGGCUUCCAAGAAGAUGAAAUUUCGGGUUUAGCUCUAAGAUUGAAUUGCCAAUGGAAGAACUUACCUUUCAACUUUUUAGGUUUGCCUCUAGGGGAUAACCCAAAGAGGAAGAGCACCUAG